GGUGGUGAUGGUUGCUCUAUAACAAUUAAAAGGAUAGAAAACUCGCGCAACAUGGCGCGACUCGCGCUGGCCCUCGUGGCCACUCUCGGGCUUUUGGCGCCCGCGCUGGGCUUCUACCUGCCCGGUGUUGCUCCCCAGGAUUUCAAGAAGAAAGACGUGCUGUUCCUGAAGGUCAACAAGCUGUCCUCCAUCAAGAACCAGCUGCCCUAUGAGUACUAUUCGCUGCCCUACUGCCGGCCGGAGAAGAUCGUUCAGUCCGCAGAGAACCUGGGCGAGGUGUUGCGUGGGGACCGCAUCGAGAACUCGCUCUACCAGAUUCAAAUGCGCGUAGACGAGCAAUGCAAGGUGCUCUGUCGCAUUGAGUCCCUGAGCAGCGCUCAGGCGAAGGCCUUCCGCGCCAAGGUGGAGGAUGACUAUCGGGUCAACAUGAUCCUGGACAACCUGCCUGUUGCUAUGGUGAAGAUGCGUAAAGACGAGAGCACUGGCUCCCUGGUUAAGACCUACGAGCGUGGUUUCCCCGUGGGCUUCAAGGCCUCUCUGGAGGGCCAGACGGAGGUGAAGUUCUUCCUUCACAACCAUCUGCGCUUCACUAUCCUGUACCAUAAGGAUGCUCAGACCGACCUGGCCCGCAUCGUCGGGUUUGAGGUGGAGCCCUUCAGCGUGAAGCACGACUACGAGCCUCCGUGGGAUAAGGCCAGCCCCAUCCUGAACACCUGCAACCCCGGCCGUAUGAUCUACGUCACCCACAACCUGCCUCCUCAGCCCGUUCAGGAGGGCGUGGAGGUCAUCUUUUCGUACGACGUGAAGUUCGUGGCUAGCGAGAUCCGCUGGGCCUCGCGCUGGGACACCUACCUGCUGAUGAUGGACGACCAGAUUCACUGGUUCUCCAUCAUUAACUCGGUGAUGAUUGUCCUGUUCCUGUCGGGCAUGGUUGCCAUGAUCAUGAUGCGCACCCUGGCGCGCGAUAUUACGAAGUACAACCAGCUGGAGGCUGGCGAGGACGCUCAGGAGGAGACUGGCUGGAAGCUGGUCCACGGUGACGUGUUCCGCCCGCCCACCAGCUCCUCCCUGCUGGCCAGCUACGUGGGCACCGGCGUGCAGCUGUUCGGCAUGAGCCUGGUCACCAUGAUCUUCGCUCUGCUGGGCUUCCUGUCGCCCGCCAACCGCGGUGGCCUGAUGACGGCCAUGCUCAUGAUGUUCGUGUUCAUGGGCCUGUUCGCGGGCUACUUCUCGUCGCGCCUGUACAAGAGCUUCCGCGGCGAGGAGUGGAAGAAGACCACCCUGCGCACCGCCCUCAUGUUCCCGGGCGUGUGCUUCGUGGUGUUCUUCAUGCUGAACCUGCUCAUCUGGGGUCAACGCUCAUCGGGCGCCGUGCCGUUCGGCACCCUGUUCGCGCUGUGCUUCCUGUGGUUCGGCAUCUCCGUGCCGCUGGUGUUCGUGGGCUCAUACUUCGGCUACAAGAAGCCCGCGCCUGAGGACCCCGUCCGCACCAACAAGAUCCCCCGCCAGAUCCCCGAACAGCCCUGGUACAUGAACCCCGUGUUCGCCUGCCUGGUGGGCGGCGUGCUGCCCUUCGGCGCCGUCUUCAUCGAGCUGUUCUUCAUCCUCACCUCCAUGUGGCUGCACCAGUUCUACUACCUGUUCGGCUUCCUGGCGCUGGUGUUCGUCAUCCUCAUCAUCACAUGCGCGGAGAUAACCAUCGUGCUGUGCUACUUCCAGCUGUGCUCGGAGGACUACCACUGGUGGUGGCGCUCGUUCUUCACCUCGGGCUCGUCCGCCCUGUACCUGUUCGCGUACUCGGGCUUCUACUUCUACAGCAAGCUGGACAUCACCAAGACCGUGCCCAUGCUCAUGUACUUCGGGUACAUGCUCAUCGUGUCGUACGGCUUCUUCUGCCUGACCGGCACGAUUGGCUUCUACUCGUGCUACAUCUUCGUGCGCAAGAUCUACGGCGCUGUGAAGAUUGAUUAAGCUAUUCAACCUAGCGAUGAGGCGCAAAGUGGGCCUCACAUUCUUAGGACAAUAGAAAUGAGUGCACGAGAUGCGGCACAAUGACUGCACGGCAUGCCAUAAGCUGGUGAUGCCAGGAUUAGGGUACAGGUUAGGUUAUUGACGACGAGGUGAACUGCCGUCGUACGGAAUGUGGGUAUCGUGCAUGCUUGAAUGGGCAAGGCACGCCUGUGUAUGUACAAGGACUCUAGAUUGUGCAAGUGCAGUCAUCAACGGUGGUAAGGCAUGGAGGAAUGGGACUCGCGGAUGCCUGAUGGGACUCAGUGGAGAGGGCGCGCUCCCCAGUGUGAGAUGGUUGCUAUGGCGGAUUGGGGAGCACUGUAAAACGUGAUGGAAGGCCUGCCGUGCUCUGCUGAGUUGCUUGAGGCCAUGGGGGACCGCCUCAGGGAACAGGGCCAACUCAUGGGCCAGGCAGACUGGCAUGGCUUCAUGUGCAAGCCAGUGCGGUUCCAAGUCAGACACAGCUACGCCCAGGCCCGUGUAGCAAGCAUUGCGCGGCAGGACGGAAAGAACUCAAAGAUUUCGCGGUGACGGCGUGAAGGGGUGCACCCGGGAGACUUGUGAGCGCGAGAGACGUUGUUCGGCACGCCACGGCCCUGUGGUGCCAGUGCAUACCUGGGCAUACGUGUGGGGGGGGGGGGGGGGAAGGGGCUGCCUCCCUGGCUUCGGCCCCGUUAACUCAGCUCGCGUCGUUUGUGCAGGUGUGCAGUUCACCGUCAGUUACCUUGUAACCUAGUGUCAUC